AUGGAGCAAUAUCGGGAGAGGAAGAGGGACCUACAUAUGGUGUUCAUCGAUUUAGAAAAAGCUUACAAUAAAGUCCCAAGGGAGGUUCUAUGGAGAUGUCUGGAGGAUAGUGGUUUUCCGGUAGGGUACACUAGGGUGAUUAAGGAUAUGUACGAUGAAGCAAAGACUCGGCUUUCAGCUCUUAGGCCAUUUUCCUUUGCCCUGGAGAUGGAUGUGCUAACACGCCACAUUCUGGGGGAGGUGCCAUGGUGUAUGUUUUUCGCAGAUGACAUAAUGCUAAUCGAUGAGACGUGUUGUAGGGAAACAGAAGCAGAGGUGACGCUUGAUACACAAGUCAUCCCUAAAAGAUAUUGUUUCAAAUGUCUUGAGCCUGUUAUUCAAGGGAACAGGGAGAUUGACGAGGAUGUCACGCAUCAUGUUAGAGCGGGAUGGUUGAAAUGGAGGCUCGCGUCUGGUGUUUUGUGUGAUAGGAAUAUGCCACCUAGACUUAAGGGCAAAUUCUACAAAGUGAAAGACCAUAUUAGGAAUGAAGUUAGUGGGGACAAGGUGGGUGUGGCUCCUGUAGAAGACAAGUUGCGGGAAUCGAGGCUGAGAUGGUUCGGGCUUGUGAAGAAGAGAGGCACCUAUGCCCUGAUGAGUAGAUGUGAGAGGUUUACCAUGGUGGGUCAGAGGAGAUGUAGAGGGAGGCCUAGGAAGUACUGGGGCAAGCUUCGUAUUCCUGGUUUUUUUGCUAUUACAUGA